UCGGGACCUAUAAAAGCCCCUGAGAAGAACCCCAGCCCGGCUACCCUCGGGCAGGCAGAGCGCGCAGGAGCAGCGGCGGUACCCGGCAAGCCGAACCAUCACCAUGUCCUGGGGCUACAGCAAGGAGAACGGACCUGCUUGUUGGCAUGAGAGCUACCCGAUUGCCAAUGGAGAACGACAGUCACCGAUUGCGAUCCAACAUAAAUCUGCCAAGUUCGAUCCUGCACUGAAGAGUCUGAGCAUCAGAUAUGAUGCGUCUGCAGCCAAGAGUAUAGUCAACAAUGGGCACUCCUUCAAUGUGGUCUUUGAUGACUCUGGAGACAAAUGUGUGCUGAAAGGUGGCCCAGUUGAAGGAAUUUACAAAUUAAAGCAAUUUCACAUUCAUUGGGGAUCCUGUGAAGGCCAAGGUUCUGAACACACUGUUGAUGGGGUGAAAUAUGAUGCAGAGCUCCACUUGGUUCACUGGAACACAAAAUAUGGAAAUAUUGAUGAAGCUGUAAAGCAUCCUGAUGGUUUGGCAGUUGUGGGAGUGUUUUUGAAGGUAGGAAGUCCCUGUCCUGGAUUACAGAAAGUUGUUGAUGCACUAAGUUCCAUUAUACACAAAGGGAAAGAGGCUAACUUUACCAACUUUGAUCCCACUGGUCUCCUACCUGCUUCUCUUGACUACUGGACCUACCUAGGAUCACUGACCACACCUCCUUUGCUUGAAUGUGUCAUUUGGAUAGUCCUGAAGGAGCCUGUAACUGUGAGCAAAGAACAGAUCAACAAAAUCCGCUGCCUUUGCUUCAAUAAGGAAAAUGAACCUCAGUGCACCAUGGUUGACAACUGGCGCCCUUGUCAGCCUCUGAAGACCAGAGAAGUUAGAGCCUCAUUCCAAUAAGUUCUUUCUAUUAGUUCUUCCUGCUGAGCACAAAUCAAAUUAAUGCCAUACAUGCACUGGCCAUAGCCUUCCCCCCUCUUUUCCUACUGUUCUCUUUUCUUCUAGUCAUUUUUGCGCAUAGUGAAAAGGAAAAGACCAUGGGUCCAAAAGAAAGCAUAGUUAAUGCAGUGUGGAUGUCUAUGCAGGAUCUGAUACUUGAUGAGAAUUGCUGUGAUUUUCAGGUUGAUGCAACAAGAAAUCAUCCUUUGCAGAUUGCAUAAUAAGCCACAGAAAAAGAAGCCAUUUCUUACAAAAGUAACUGUGUAGAAUAAGAUAUUACAUGCACUCAAUAACUUGAAUAUUUAAUAGAAGCACAUGAAUGCAUUCUGAAGUAGGCAUUUUUCAUCUGAUUUAGGAUAUUUUGAUUCAACAUAGUCAUUAAAAUGCAGCUAUUAGUACUGAAGAAUAAAUGUCUUAGCUUUUAAAUUGUUUGAUGUGUAAAUAUUAUUUUGUGUUUUAAUCAUAAAUCUGAACCAUAAUUUAAUGUUAGUAUGCUUUAUUUUUCUAAUUACAGAUGUUAACAAAUCUAAAUGAAAUGCUAUUAUGUGUAAAAAAAAAAAAAGCAGAGUAAUGCACCAUUUAAAAAUGAUGUCAUAAUUUAAA